AUGGGCCGCUUCACCACUAUGAUCCUCUCCUGCCUACACAACCUGCUCAUCCAACUCCCGCAGAAUGGCUACCACAAUAUCUCGCGCGUCGUGCAGCCCCAAAUCCGAAGCAUAUCUGAGAGUUUCACCAUUGCGACUUCCGCUUCAAGGCGCAAUGCUGCUGCCCGCAAGGAGGAUGGGAUAGAGUUGCAGCCGAUGGCGCCCAAGACCUCAGGUGAGGCGUCCAUGAAACAAGACGUGGUUGAAGGUGCUCAAGUCCGAUAG